UGUUUAAGUGAAAACCUAACCUGGAAAUUCAAAAAUUUAAAUUUAAGUGCUUAAAAUAUGGAAUUCAAUUGAGUAAAAAAUAAUAAUAAUUGUGAUGACAACAUUUAUAGACUUUAUAGUUUGUUUCUCAAAUAAAUUUUUUAUAAAAUAUAAUUGAUGUCAACUGCCACGAAACUUGUUCAGUCUUUUGAGAUGAAAAUGCCUUUUCCUGCACCAUCACAUUGGUAUUGGCUCAAAAACUUCUCUGAAGAACUUUUGAAGCGGGGUCAUUAUGUUACAGCAGUUACUAGCUAUAGACGUCCGCAACCGCAUCCCAACUAUACGGAGAUCAUUAUCCAUCCACCAUAUAACUUUUCUGACUUUCCAGCAUCAGACUUUUUUUCAAUGAAAUUCAAUACUGUGGUAAAUAAUUUAUUUCUAACAUGGGACGUUGGGCUUUCAAGCACUGAGCACGCUUUCAAAGACAAAAAUGUAGCAGAAUUUAUAAAUAAAACCGAUUUAGCUUUCGACGUCGUUAUUUUGGAACAAUUUUUCCAUGACAGUUGGUUGCCAUUUGCUAAAAAAUUCGACGCACCAUUAUUAACAAUAGCAACCCUUGGGCAUGCCGAUUAUUUGGACAAUGCUAUGGGACUUAUUACCCCUAGUUAUGUGCCACACCAUGUUCUCACUUUCACCGAUAAUAUGUCAUUUUAUGAGCGUUGUAUCAAUCUUUUUUGGCGUCUAACUGAUGCUUUCCUACGAAAAUACUACUAUAUGGCUAAAAUGCAAGAAAUGGCAGACAAAUACUUUCGAAAUGCAUUUAAUGGAUCGGUGCCUUCAAUUUUGGAAAUUGAAAAAAAUAUAUCGUUCCGUAUAAUCAAUUCUCAUCAUUCCCUGUCUUUUGCUAGGCCGCGAAUGCCAGCACUAACAUACAUAGCUGGAAUUCAUAUUAAACCAGUGCAAGUGCUUCCAGCUGAUGUUCAGGAUUUUCUCGACAGUGGAUCAGAAUUUGGUGUAAUUUAUUUUAGUUUUGGGAGUUGCAUACGAUCUGUCGACCUUCCCGAAGAAAAAUUGCUUGCAUUUAUAGAAACGUUUCGUUUAUUGAAACAAAAAGUCUUAUGGAAAUUUGAGAAUGACACCUUACCGAAUUUACCACCUAACGUUUUCAUCCGAAAAUGGUUACCUCAAAAUGACGUUCUGGCUCAUCCGAAUGUCAAACUAUUUUUAACGCAUGGAGGAAUAUUUGGCACUCAAGAGAGCAUAUAUUGGUCAGUUCCAAUGCUCUUUAUACCAAUUUAUUCGGAUCAGUUUCGAAAUGCAAAACGAUGCGUCGACGCUGGAUUUGCUGAAAUAAUCAGUUUUCAAGAAUUAUCAGUUCAAAACCUUCAUGAAAAACUAAAUAUGAUUCUAGAUCAAAACAGUUAUAGCAAUCGAAUAAACUUGGUAUCGCAGCAAUUCCGCGAUAAUUUAGUUGAUCCUAUGGAAGAAUCAAUGUACUGGAUAGAGUUUUUGGCACGUCAUAAACACCAUUAUCCUAUCUUUAAACCUCAUUCAACGCACGUACCGUGGUACACAUAUUUUUAUCUAGACAUUAUUUUUUUCGCUAUAAUCACAUUAUAUAUCACAUUUGCAUUGACAAAAUAUGGUUUAAAAAAGAUUUGGCAAAGUUUUGAUACCGAAAAGAACAUAAAACAAAAAUUCAAUUAAAAUUCGUAUUGUAAAAUUGAUGAUCAAUUCUUUGUUUCUAGUAUAAUUCUAAUAAAAAAAUAUAAUUUUUAUGUUUUAUUAUAGUGUUAUA